AUGGCGCGCAAAAGGUCGAGGAACGACGGCAACGCUGUCCGAGCUGCCUCACCUUCCGAUAGGGACGCACUUCCAGCCAAAGUAGUGCUGGGAGAGGACGCAAAUGCCUUGCCUGGCAGCCGGAAGAAGCGUCCACCACCGCCGCCCGCCGAUAACGAGCUCGAUCUCGAGAAGCUCAUCUUCGGCGGCUCCUCUUCUCUCCUGUCUCACCCUUCAACAUCCAAGAGAACUACGGGCGAAGACGUUGUGCAGGACGACAGUGAUGGCGAAGAUGAUACGGCAUCUGCAGAUGAAGGCGUAGCGGACGAUGAUCUUUUCAUGGUCGAUACCGCGGGCGGCGACGAUGAUGGGCAGCUCGACGAUCAGCAAGGUGGUCUUGUAUCCGGCUCACAACAGGGCAGUGACGAAGACGACUCGGACAACGAAGACAUUCUCAUCGAUCAGAUUGCCGCUGCCGGCUCUAGCACACCUGCCGUUAAGAAGCCAAAGCGCACAAAGAGGUGUGUUUGGACCGACCCAGACGACGAAGCGCUCAGCAUCGACCUCACGCGCAACAACAACCUCGCAGCCAACGGAUCUCGUGUCGGUGUCGCUCGCCUUCGGCGUCUACGGGAAGAGGUCGGCGAGAGCAAAAUUAGCGGUCUCGAAUAUGAGCUGCGACUCCGAGCUCAGUUCGAAAAGCUUCAUCCCCGACCCGGGUGGGCGUCGUUCCGACUCACAUCGCUGUCUCAGCAACCAGAUGAUUCGGAGGAAGGGUAUGGCGAGUCUGCCGUCAUUAUCAAUGAGGACGUCAGCAAGGGUAUCCACGAUCUUCUUCGUAGCGACACGGGUUUGGUCGAAGGGUACGGCUCACGCGAUCAGGACCUCGCCGGCAAAUCUGUCAAGGCUCGCGGCAAGCUCAAAGCGGGUGAAAUCGAGCUCGACCGUCUGCGCAACGCCAACGAUGCCCAAAACGCAAACGCCAUUGCGGCCGAAGAGUCGCUUCCAGGCAUUGAGAUGGUGCGCUUCCAUCCUAGCCCUCGUGCGAGUGUCCUCAUGACUGCAUCGAAAGAUCGUCGUGUGCGACUCUUCCAGAUCGACGGCAAGUCCAACCCGCUCGUCCAGACGAUUCACGUGCCUGACCUGCCGAUCCAGCACGCUUCGUUCCACCCGUCCGGCUCGUCGGCGCUCAUUUCGGGCAAUCGCCCUUUCCUGUACGCCUACGACCUGCAAGCUGGGCGUGUCGUUCGAUCCGUCCCGUGGCGUGGCGCUGGAUCGCUCGCCUCGCAGUCAUCUGCGGAGGACGACGGCAACGAGCUCAACUUGUCGGAUGCCAAAUUCCAACCGCACACUGCCGAGGAAGGCAACCGAUUGCUGGCGAUCGGUGGUAGACGCGGUGUCGUGCAUCUGUUGGACUGGGGGCGCUCGGGGGCUGCCGGUGGAACGCGGAUUGGCGGUGUCCGCAUGAACUCCCCGCUCGCAGGAUUCACGUGGGACGCUGCUUCGGUGUUGGGUGACAGAGGCACGGGCAUCGGCGUCACGGGCACAGGCAAGGAUGUCGAGCUGUUGACCAUGUCCAGUGAAGGGAGUGUCCACUUGUGGGAUAUCAGGAACAUGGGUCUUGAAGUCGGAUGCAGUUCCAUCUGGAACGACGCUGGCUCCUUCGGUGCUAAAGGACUGGAAGUUUCGCCCAACGGCAAGUUCUGGUCGGUCGGAAGCGACGGCGGUAUCGUCAACGUCUACAAGCGUCCCGCCGACUCGUACUCGCCCACCACCAGCACCUCUGUCAUCCCGUCGUCACGUGCCAUCGACGCGGUGCUCGGAAAGGUCCCCGGUGGAUCUAUGGAUCCAGUCAAGACGAUCGAAAACCUCGUCACCACCACCACCACCAUGCGAUGGAACGGCGACGGACAGAUUCUGGCUGUAGCAUCCAAGCUCAAGAAGGACGCGUUGCGACUGGUGCACUUCCCGAGCAUGAGGGUGUUUAGCAAUUGGCCGACGUCCGGUACGCCGUUAGGUAGUGUGAGCUCGGUCGAUUUCAGUCCUGCGAGCCAGUAUGUGGCGAUUGGAAAUACGAGGGGUAAGGUGUUGUUGUAUUCGUUGCGACAUUAUUUGUAG